AUGGAAGGAAGAAACAGCCCCUUCAGCAGUACCUGCUUUCUCGACACCUUCCAGUCUGAGACAGUCAAACCCUCUGACCUCAACACCGACAUGGAGACGGCUCGCCUCGUUGCACGGGCGAAGAAGCUCGCAUCUCUGCACGUGCCCCAUAAGCCCCUCGUCGUAACCAACGUCUGGGACGCGGCGACUGCGAAACUGGCCGCUCUGCACCCGUCGUGCGCGGCCAUCGCCACGGCCAGCUACGCCAUUGCCGCCUCGGCCGGCGUCGAGGACGACGACCUGACACCGGAGCAGAAUCUCGCGGCCCUCGAGGGCAUUGCCGCUGUCGCGAACAAACAGGGCAAGCCGCUUACCGCGGACAUGCAGAGCGGCUACGGCGAUCGGCUGGAAGAGGCGGUGCGAGCGCUCGUGCGCCUGGGAGUGGUGGGCUGCAACCUCGAGGACAAGGAUACCGCGACCGGGAAGAUGUAUCCCGUCGAAGAGGCUGCAGGACGGGUGCGACGAGCGCUGGCGGCGGCUAGAGAUGUCGGCGUGCCGGAUUUCGUCGUCAAUGCUAGGACUGAUGUCCUUCUGGCGGGUGGGACGGUGGAUGAGGCGAUCGAAAGAGGUCGAGCGUAUUUAGAGGCUGGCGCGACGACUGUCUUUGUCUGGGGUGGUCCGAAGAGAGGAGGUAUGACAAGAGAGGAGGUCACUAAGAUCGCUCGUGCCCUCGAUGGCCGAGUCAGCGUCAAGUUGAAUCUGGGUACGCAGUACCUGACGGUCAAGGAAUUGGCAGAUAUUGGAGUGGCGAGGAUAAGCUGUGGUCCCGAGCUCUGGCGGAAGGCAAUGAGGGCUUUCGAGCAAGAAAUGAACGGCAUCUUGGGCAGUGGCUGA